UGACAGAGGCCCUCAUACCAUUGACCAUUCACAGGGAGAAGGUGAAUCCAGCGUUUGAGGGACUACUCUGCUGGCAACCUGAUCGACUAGCAUCACCAACGCCCAUAAAGUAGCGAUAUACAGGAAAUAAACCUCGCUGCUAGAAGAAGAGCCGUCUCUCUCCGCUACAUCCUACCGGCUCAGUCGUUCCAGUGCGGUGGUCGUGAUUUUGGAGUGAAGCCUAUCAUAUACCGUUAUCAGUUAUAGUACUCUAAUGUAUAGCAUCAACUGUAUAAGUUAGCUGCUUUUUAAUACUGUGCUAGCUAGCUCUCCCUGGUUUGGACUGAUACAACGGCGACCUCGACUGUUUUGACUCCUAUCUAACGUUAUACGAAAAAUGGCAACCCAAAUCGAUAAAGAGGCUUGCAGAGAGGCUUACAACCAAGUCAGAGACGAUAACUCGGACACCAUUUGGGCCGUGUUUAAAUACGAGGGCACCAGGAUCCUGCCUGCAGGACAAGGGACGGACUAUGAGGACUUCAAGAGCAUGUGCACAGAUGACGCCCGUCUGUUCGCCUUCGUCCGGAUCACGAUGGGGGACGCCAUGAGCAAACGGGCCAAGUUCACCCUCAUCACCUGGAUCGGGGAGAACAUCGGCGGGCUGCAGCGCGCCAAGAUCAGCACCGACAAGGCGCUGGUCAAAGAGAUCGUGCAGAACUUUGCCAAGGAGUUCAUGUUCAGUGACCCGAGGGAACUGGAUGCAGACAACAUCCGUACAGAGCUGAAGAAGGCCGGUGGAGCCAACUAUGACGCUCAGGCCGAGUAGAGAAGUGCCAUGGUCCACUGGAAGGGUUGGGGGGGUCAGGGUGGGGGGUGGAGUAAGUGGGGGUGGAGGGGGGUUGGGGCAGGGGCGAGGCGGGAUGGAGAGGGCGCUCGACAAAAGGGAAAUGCACACACAAACGAAUCCGAGGUGCACCAGGAGCAGUCUGUUGGACCAGUGUAAGUCUUUCUAAUACUCAGCAAACGCCGUUCAUGCUGCCUAAUACCAGCUUAUUAGAAAACAGUAGUCUCUUUUUUUCCACUAAUUUAACAGCUUACUAAUUUACUCCCAACAACAGCUUCAGAACACCUCAGUGGGACUGUGGCUGCUGAGUGUAUUUGCACAGUUCAGAUGUUGUUGGUGCACCUCUAAAUUAUAUGCAUUAAGGCAUUUAUAUACUGGAUUUUAACAGCGUAUGUAAUCAGUAUGUAUCUGAGAUGUGAAAAAAACCUUACACAGCACAUCUGGGGGCAGAUCAGGGCCAAAUUGUCCCCCGGCCGACACUGGAAUAUAUUCCUUGAGACCUUGUGAUUUUGCACAAUGUGAUACCUUGGUAUCACAUGGUAACAUGGUGACACUCAAGGAUGUUUCCAAAUUCAUAAAUGAAAUUAUGUCUUUACACGGCGGGGGCUUGACCAAUAACAACACAAAAAUUGAAAAGGAGUAAUAAAAUUGUCCACCUCGUUUUGGAUUACGGAGCCACCAUGUUGUUGUUGCAUAAAUAGAGGUGCAACUGAACUCGUUCCGCACAACGUGAUUUAUUUGUUUGCGGUGCGAAAGCUUCGAAAAAUCACCCUCCUUCCGUAAAAAAAUGAUGCCAAUUUUACACUUUGGUUUUUGUACCAAUUAAACAAAUGAGAUGCAAUGUGUUAAUUAAUGAGCAUUAGCGGUGUUGGUAGGUUUUAUGUCAGAGCCAGGCUAGCUUCUUCCCCCUAUUUUUAGUCUUUGUGCUAAGCUAAGCUAACUGGAAGCUCUAGCUUCAUGUUGAACGGACAGAUAUGAGAGUGGUAUCUACCUUCCCAUCUACCCACAAGAAACAGCAAGAAAGCAAAUAAGACAAUUGUGUACACUGACGAGUCCACACUGACAUGUAACACUCAUUGCUGAGGAUUCGCUCAACCAACACUCGCAGAAUAUGACCUCACAAACGUGUCGGCGCUCUUACUGUCACAAACUAGCACUCUCCACUCCCAGCCUCGGCCCUCUCCCCAGUCAGCUCAAUGUUGGUUAUCUACUGUGCUGUGCAUCAACAUCUCACACUCAUCCUCAUCUCAGCUGGGCUGCAGUUGAGCAACGGGAAGUUGCAUUAAAAGGCUUCAGCGCUGUUUGCUAUGUAACGAGGAUGAGUCUCAUUUUUGGAAGGAAGCUCUUUACUUGCAGGCAUGUGUUUGACAGCGGAGCAUGCUCUUAGUCAUGAUACACUGUACCUCCAGGAGGAAAAGAUCUCCACUCUAACAAUAUCCUUGACGAUGGUCGGUGGCUGCUUUGAGUAAUCCUGAGUCAUGCUGCUAAGUACACAUUUACCUACCACUUCAUCAACCAGCCAGACAGCUGUGUUUGGAUUGCAGCCUCAAAGUCGACCAUUACGGACUGUAAUUCACCCUCCUGUCUUCAUACUUGUGCUUAGUGCUGUGAAUCCCUCCUUAUCACUAGUCCAAAUGUGUCUUUUUUUCGUGAGUGAUCAUUUCCGGACCUGAUUUCGAUGCACUUUUUACUUUCUCAUUCCAGUUUUUGUUGGACGUGAUCAAUGUUAGCUGCGGCAGAAUUAGUAGAAGAGUACAUGGCAAAGAAUGGUCUGACUGGAAGCUUUCUGCCUGUCGAUAUUAUGCCAUAGGAAUACAGAGAAACAGCUAAUAUAUUGAGUCCUCGGCAGCAGUUAUAGUCAAGUAUUGAAUGUUUUCCUAAAAUCUCAAAGAAUGGAGAUCUUUUCCUCUGGUGUUUCAUCUCACGAUCUACCACUCAAAGGUGUCCAUGCCUACUGUAACCUACUGUGUUUGACUGCCUUAGCCUCCCAGGGAGAGAGGGGCAUCAUGGGAGCUUGUGAACACUACACUGUGAUUGGCUGUCGUUCUCACAUGGGGGCGGGACUUUGAUCUGCACAUGGCUCAUUGCGAUGUGAGCCUGGGCUCAUCAACCCUACCCAGGAGCAGCCAUUUCUCGGUUGUAGCAUCUCUUGUUUAUUUGGUUUCAACCCUCUCUUCCCCCCUGCAAAAAA